AUGCCUUUGGUUAUCUUUGGUGACGGUCUAAAGAAUAAAGACCAUGUAAGGUUUAAAGGUCUUAGGCAUGGUGUCUCGAGCAUGAUUUAUAAGCAAUUAAAGCACAGAGAGGGUUUUGGAGAGUUGUUACUUCUCGAUAUCAACGAAUUCAAGACCUCCAAGACCUGCAAUUCUUGCUUAAGCCAGGGCCAUCAGAAUCUAAAAUGUGGAGAAGGUGGUAAUGUCAAAAAGAUCCAUCAACUAAGAACAUGCUUCUCAUUGCACAUUGUAUUUGGGAUGGUCAAGGUCGACCUAAUGUCUUCAAAAGACAACCCACCACCUCCAAUGUGGUUGCCUCGUCCUACUCUGGUGGGGUGCUGGUUUAAAGAUUUUAGAGGUAAAAAGAGCAAUUAUUACCUGAAUUUAAAGUACGAAUACUUCUAUAUCAAUAGCCUUCCAAAUUUCUUACGACCAGCACCUCUCGUCGACACAGAUUUUAAUGAUCCUCUCAUUGUCGCUCCAAAGUUAAACUGCCUAUUGUAUGCAGACGAUGUAGUUCUUAUUGCUGAUGCUGAUUCACUGCAGUCCCUCCUUUCCAAAUGUGAGGAACAUAGCCUUUCCUUAGGUUAUCGAUGGAACCCUAAAAAGUGCGUCGUUGUUGAUCCCAACCCCUCACGUCAAAAAUACUACCUCUACAAUAGUGAGCUACCCAACGAAGAUUACUUCCCGUACCUUGGUGUUCCUAUAAAAUCCGGUGGUAUUGUCGACAAGUCAGCACUCUUACAACAAAACAUUAAUAAAGCACUUGGAACGAUGAGACAAUUGAUUACCCUUGGUGUCAACAAAAAUGGGCUUGAUUACCUCCUUUCAACACGCUUUUAUGCCCAGAUAGUCCGACCACAACUGGAAUAUGGUCUAGCAAUUACAAUCUUCAAUUCACGAGAAAUUCAAUCUCUCGAAAAUUGCCAAAACCAAUGCAUUCGUCAGAUCUUCGGCGGACGACCCUUCACCUCUACCAAGGUAAUGCUACACUUAACAAAUUUACCAAACAUGAAGGAUCCGUACCUCGAAAUGGCCCCAACUAUCCAAAUCGCCUCUAUGGACAUCAUUCAGCAAUGAAUAUCUCGAAAUUAUGUCUCAUAGUAACUUUAUCAGAAAACGAAGACAGUUUUUGAUUGACAACCACCGUACGAAGCUCCAAGAAAAGCAUUCUAAACUUCUGUCCCAUUGCCGUAAUGAUCUAAUUGUCGACCCUAUUCUUCGGAUACCAAUGACAAGAAGUGAACGGUCUCGUUGCGUGCGAUGGCGACUUGGUUGGUUACCUCUUGGUAAACCCCAAGCUUGUCCCUUUCAUCCAAAUGAACUUUUUUCACGUCAGCAUAGUUUUUCUUGUUUAGAUAUGCACAACCGCCUUCAGAUGCCCAAAUCUAUUGAUGAUCCACUUUCCUAUCUUUUGAACCUCUUACCACCAACGUUCCUUACCAAGAAAGCGAGAAAAUCAAUCGGUGCCUGGCUCAUUCGUUGGCCUUCCAUA